ACCCAACGCGCCUCCGCCACCUUCCUUCCACUGUAAAAAGAUGGAAGGAGCGCAUAUUUCUUUCUUACAGCAUGAUAUCAGGGAGUAUGGGGCGUAUUGGAGGCCAUCAUAGGCCACUGCACCAGCUUUCCUACUCACACUGUUCAAAGCUUAUACGGCAGGGAGUGAGGCAAGAGAGUUCGCUCACUGUCACCAGCGGCAGAUGGCCACUCUUCUCCACCUACUCAUCUUCCACCUCUUUCUUUACUCUGCAUCAAGAGCUCAGAUGCCUGGUUUUUUAAGUUUGGACUGUGGAGGAACAGAUAAUUAUACAGAUGAAAUUGGGCUUGAGUGGACUGCUGACAAUCAGAUUACUUUUGGUCAGACUGCCAGCAUAUCUGUUCCAGGUGAGAAGAGAAGGCAAUAUAUGAAAGUACGAUACUUCUCUGCGGACAGCAAGAAGUACUGUUACAUGUUGAGCAUGAAAGUUAGAACCCGCUACCUCAUAAGAGCAACUUUCUUGUAUGGGAACUUCGAUAGAAGCAAUGUUUAUCCAAAGUUUGACAUAUCUCUUGGGGCAACUUAUUGGUCGACCAUUGUGAUAUCUGAUGCAAACACUAUCGAAGUUCAAGAGGUAGUUAUGUUAGCAUCUUCUCCAACAGUUAGUGUGUGUCUAUCAAAUGCCACUACGGGGCAACCAUUUAUCUCAACACUUGAGCUUCGGCAGUUCAAUGGUUCUCUAUACUAUACAACAUAUGAAAAUCAAUUCUUUCUCUCUCUGGCCGCAAGAAUAAACUUUGGUGCAGGGAGCAGUGAUCCUGUAAGAUAUCCUGAUGAUCCAUUUGAUAGAAUAUGGGAAUCUGAUACUGUUAGGAGGCCAAAUUACCUUGUUGAUGUUGCUCCUGGAACUGAAACAAUAUCAACUGAUAUGCCAGUUGAUGUUAGUAGUGGUGAAAGACCACCUGAAAAGGUCAUGCAGACAGCAGUACUGGGUCGAAAUGGAUCCUUAACUUAUCGUCUUGAUCUGGAUGGCUUUCCGGGGAAUGGUUGGGCAUUCUCAUACUUUGCAGAAAUUGAAGAUUUUGGUUCAAAUGAAACCAGAAAGUUUAAGCUAAUAAUUCCAGGCUUGCCAGAAUUUAGUAAACCCACUGUGAAUGUUCAAGAAAAUGCUCAGGGAAAAUACCGACUGUAUGAACCUGGAUACACCAAUGUCUCCUUUCCAUUUGUAUUCUCUUUUGCUUUUAAGAAGACAAAUGAUUCAUCUCGAGGACCUAUCUUAAAUGCCCUAGAAAUUUAUAAGUACCUCGAAAUAAAUUAUGGAUCUCGGGAUGCAACUGUCAUGGCCAGUUUCAUCUCUCAUUAUCCACUAGCAGAUUGGGCAAAAGAAGGUGGUGACCCAUGUCUACCAGUACCAUGGUCUUGGUUGCAAUGUAGUUCAGAUCCACAACCGAGUAUAGUUUCCAUUAAUUUAUCUGGGAAGAAUUUGACAGGAAACUUUCCUUUAGAGCUGACUAAGUUAACAGGCUUGGUUGAACUAUGGCUUGAUGAAAAUUCACUUUCUGGUACAAUACCUGACUUUAGUGAAUGCUUAAAUCUAAAGACCGUUCAUCUUGAGAACAAUGAGUUGACCGGUGUCCUUCCUUCGUCACUGGGAGAUCUGCCAAGUCUAAGAGAAUUGUACUUGCAGAAUAAUAAGUUGAGUGGAGUAGUUCCAAAGGGGCUCCUACAUAAAAAUAUUUUUCUCAACUAUUCAGGAAAUGAAGGUCUACAUGAAGGGAAGAAAAAUGUGAAUCGCAUGGUACUCAUCAUAUGUUCUGUCCUUGGAGCUAGCUUGCUGCUUGUAAUUUCUAUCUUAUGCUACUUGUUCUUAGACAAAACAAGGAAGAAUUUUUCAAAAGAGAAUGCCAACAGUGUUCAACCAGCUCAAAAAUUGAGUACUUUCUUCAGUGAAGUUUCUGCAGAAUCAGCCCAUAGGUUUGCUUUGUCUGAAAUAGAAGGUGCCACCAGUAAAUUUGAAAAGAAAAUUGGUUCCGGAGGUUUUGGGAUAGUUUAUUAUGGGAAGUUGGCAGAUGGAAAAGAAAUUGCAGUCAAGGUUCUUACCAAUGAUUCAUUCCAAGGAAUCCGGGAAUUCUUGAACGAGGUCACAUUACUUUCAAGAAUCCAUCACAGGAACCUCGUAACUUUUCUUGGUUACAGUCAACAGGAUGGGAAAAACAUCCUUGUGUAUGAAUUUAUGCACAAUGGAACCUUGAAAGAGCAUCUUCGUGGCCCCUCAGCUCGAGAAAGAACUAUUAGUUGGAUCGAUCGUCUUGAGAUUGCAGAGGAUGCUGCAAAAGGCAUUGAGUAUCUCCACACGGGCUGCUUUCCUACCAUUAUCCAUAGGGAUCUUAAGAGCAGCAACAUUCUCCUCGACAAUCACAUGAGAGCUAAAGUAUCUGAUUUUGGUCUUUCUAAACAUGCAGUGGAUGGUUCCCAUGUCUCAAGCAUGGUUCGGGGGACUGUUGGAUAUUUGGACCCCGAGUACUAUGUAUCUCAGCAAUUGACAGAGAAGAGUGAUAUUUACAGUUUUGGUGUUAUACUUCUGGAGCUGAUUUCAGGUCAAGAGCCGAUAUCUAGUGAAAGCUUUGGCCUCAACUGCCGUAACAUUGUUGCAUGGGCAAAAUCGUUCAUCGAGAGUGGUAACGUCGAGGCUGUUGUCGAUCCCGCAUUGCAGGAUGAUUACGACUUACAAUCGGUGUGGAAAAUUGCGGAGAUAGCUAUCAUGUGUGUCAAACCACAUGGAGCGCAAAGGCCAUCGAUAUCAGAAGUACUCAAGGAGAUCCAGCAGGCCAUUGCAAUCCAACAUGGAUCAGAACUCAACGGGAACUGUGUGAUGGAGAGAGACUCAAAAAAGCCGGUAGGCACUUCCAUGAAUGUGGACCACCCUCUGAACUUGCCUACUUAUCAGAAUGCCUCUUUUCCCGAGUUGUUUGUGCAGCCUGACCUUCGGUAAUGGAUACAAAACUAGGGUCUAGUUCAAUUCCUAUGAUCAAACUUGCAAUCUAGAGGAAAUGGAGCAUAGCGGCCAGUUGCAUUUGCAUGUAGCUUCAUCUUUCUAAUUUUGUUUUCCUUUUGAGAGUUAUGCUAGAAGUACUUGAUGCAAUGAGUGUUCCUUGGACUUCAUCUUUCUAGAGUGGUUGCUUUUGAGAAAUGUUGUGUCCUUGUAUUUUUCUCGUUUUUUCUUGAAGUGUAUUACCAAAUGAAGUGAUUUAGCUCUGAUUAAUGUUUUGACAUUCA